AUGAGCUGUCUUGGCGGAGAACUCGCGGACGUUGACAUGCGCCUUGAAGCCGUGGGUCUCCGGCUGGCGGAGGAGUGGCAUCAACUAAAGGUGGCCGUCAACUUCGGGCGCCUCCAGCAUGAGCAUGCCAACACGGAGGCCGAGGCAUCCCUGGCAACCUCCCGCGAGGCCAGUGCCCGAGCCUUGGAGAAGGCCAGGGAGGCCGACCGUCGCCGCGCGAUCGCUGAGGAGCGUAGGCGGGAGCUCUUGGCCUUGAACGCCUCUUUGGAACAGCAGGUGGAGGCGCGCAGGGCCGCCCUCGCGUCGAUGAAGGGGACGCCUGCCGAGGAGGAAGAGAUCCGGAAGCGCGAGGAGGCGCUGGCGCUGGAAACCACAGAGCGCAGCCUUGAGCUUGAGAGGCUGGAGACGAGGGAGCGCCAGGUUGCCCAAGCGGAGGAUGCCGCUAACGCGCGCGAGGCGAGGAUCCAGAAGGAGGUUGACAGCGGGGUGGCGGCGGCUCGCGCUGACCUCGACAACAGGUAUGGUAUGAAGCCGGAGCUUGUGGGAGCUGAAGUUGAUGGCCGGUGA